CAACUUUCUUUGGGCAGUAGAACAUUUGAGUGUGGCAGUGCUGCGAUGACAAUUGUUCUUUCUACAAGCUUGGUAAGCAACUGUAUGGAUCAAUAUUAUUUUUCUGUAUCUUGAGAAACAGGACUCUCCUCCUGUGUACACAUCCAUGGCUAGUCAUACAUACUGGCCAGCAGAGCAAGCAGUGGAAGUCCUCUGCUUGUGCCACAGAUUUAAUCAGUUUGGUCUGUAAAUGGAGGAAUGGUAGUCCUGUCAAGUUGGCCUGUGGGAGUUCUGCAUGAUAGUGCUUGCUCCACGUCAGCUAACUCUCAAGGCAUUGCCUUGGAUUCCUACCUCAACAUCAGGGCAGAAGUAGUCUUCUUCACCUAUUUAUCCUUCUUGCCUUUCCAGAUUAUCUCCUUUCACUGUCUUGCAGUGCCAUAUAGACAAGUCACGGGUGAUGGGGAGCUUCAGCUUUUCGGCACUUAUCAAGAUAACCAUGUAAAGUAGCUAUCUUGAUAUGCUGUACGGAGAGCAGAACAUCCCUGGAGGGAUGAUGCACCUUGGCCGGCAGGGAGGCUUUCACAAAAGAAUGCUUUGGGAGCAGUUCAGGGCAGCUAUGUCAGGCUCCUGUUCUGAGCCUUGUUCUGGGGCAACAUCUCCAUGUUCAUGGACUAGAAAGGAGAAACUGGCUGGUGCAGCAGAGAGCCUUAGGCUGCAAAGUGUAACUAUCCCUACCUCCUUCUUUGAAACAGGAGCAAGUGGGAAAAGUACAUUCAAAACAAAACCAGCUGCUGCCUUCAGAUUGCUGAGUUUACCAAGAGGAACCCCAACGGCUUCUGACAGCUGGGGCAGGAGGCACGGAGGAAUUGUGCUAGGAAGUUAGGACACUGACUUCUCCGUAUCAGAUUGCAAGAAAAAAUAAGCUGUGUUUCCACCUGUGGAUGGGGCAGAAGUGAAGCUGUGGCAUCUUGUGGAGGCCAGCUUUAGCAUGGGAUUUAUCCUGAAGAAAAUACUUGCAGAAGAAAAAGAAACGUCGUUUGACUCACUGAAGAUUUAAAACCGACAGCACCACAGAGCCAUGUGGGACAAAAGGGGAUUUUAGUCUCAAGUGGCAGAAUCAAGUCAUAAGAAGUAAAGAGAUUUGGAUGGUUUCUCACUAAAUGGAAGUUAUCUAGAAAGCCUCUGAGACCACUACAUCUCUCCAUCCCACUCCUGCUGCACGGAGAAGGUGCUCUUGGCCUUGGAUGUUAAUAAAAUGCUGGAUUCAGUCAAGUGUGUCCUGGUGGGAGACUCUGCGGUUGGGAAAACAUCUCUCUUGGUACGUUUCACCUCUGAGAUGUUUCCAGAUGACUACAGACCCACCGUAUAUGAAAAUACCGGAGUGGAUGUCUUCAUGGAUGGUGUGCAGAUUAGCUUAGGCCUUUGGGACACAUCUGGCAGUGAUGCCUUCAAAGGCAUUCGCCCCCUUUCAUACCAACAAGCAGAUGUGGUAUUAAUGUGCUACUCGGUGGCAAACCAUAGUUCCUUUCUGAACCUGAGGAAUAAAUGGAUCGGCGAGAUCCGCAGCCAUUUGCCCCGCAUUCCUGUUUUGGUGGUGGCCACUCAGACUGACCAGCGUGACACGGGUCCGUACCGUUCCUCCUGCAUCAGCCCAAUAGAUGGGAAGCGGCUCGCCCAGGAUGUGCGAGCCAAAGGCUAUUUGGAGUGCUCUGCCCUCAGCAACCGAGGGGUGCAGCAGGUGUUUGAGUAUGCCGUGAGGACAGCAGUCAAUCAAGACAAAAGGCGGAACAGGCGGAAGCUCUUCUCCAUUAACGAGUGCAAAAUCUUUUGAAGACUCUCAGCAGUGGUUUUGCUCAUGUUCGUUCUUUCUGUUUUCACACAAAGAUACUGCGGCGGAGAGAAUGGGAGGUGAAUCAAAGGAGAGCUCCUGGCAGGACCACAGCGCAGGUGCCUCAUGAGACAGAUGUGCUCUCUAUCUGAUUCUCUCCCCCCAAACACACAUGGGCACUAUCUUGAAAAACAAAAGGUGCAGGUACCUGCCCUUAUUCACAAGCCUGUGUUUGGACUUUGCUAGCCUGGACUGGAGCAGGCCUAGCCUGGAGAUCUGCAGAUAACAGCUGUGCUGAUUUUGUUGUUGUUUCUGUUGAUGUUCCUCAGUUGAUGGUUUGUCUGCAUCUUCAUUUAUUUAAUGAUGAACUUCUGCCUGGAUCAACCCCUACCUCUGUCCAUGUGGAUUUUUUUCUUUAAGAACUUGGUAUAUAAAAUCUGACCGCUGUGUAUUCUAUUUAAAAGAAUCUUGUAUACAUUGUUGUAAAAUCCUGAAAGUUUGUUUUUGUAUUUUGGAGGUUUUCCCUUUAGCUAACCACAGAAGCAAAUUGUCCUAUCCAUGUCAAAAAUGGCCUGCAGGGAAGCCUAGCACUUCUUAGACAUGCCCGAGUUGUUGCAUGACAGUCAUCAAAUCCAGUACAUCCAGUAUAGGAAUGAUCAAAACUUAGUGGCAUUUGGCAGCUGUCUGGCAGCUCUGUGAGAUUUAUCUUGUUACAUUCAUCUUGUUCCUUAGCAAUGUAGUCAAACAUGGGAAACUAAUCUGAUUCUUCCUAGACUUCACCGGGUUACAACCCCAGAAGUGCUUGCAGUCAGGGCUGGUUUAGACAUAUGGUUGGGGUGGCAGAGAUGAAUCUGUGCUACCUACCAUCACUUCUGUUGUGCCUGCUGUAAUUCUGGACACAAAAGAUUUUAGUCUCCAGGGAUGAAAGCUAUUUUUUCAUGAGCACUAAAAUUUUCACAUAUUUUUAGUACACUUUUUUUUCGAAGCAGUGGGUUUAGUGAAACCAGUCACUUACAUAAGUAAAAAAUUAAGUACAUGGCAAUGUUAAAUUUGUGUAUUUAGAAUGGCUAAACAAUAUAUUUUUUUUGAGUUUGCAUCCUAAGUUUAACUGCUUGGGCUGUAUCAAAGGAAGAUUGAAACAGGCUUUGCAUCCUGGGGAGCUUGUCAAUUCUAAGAGUCAAAUCCUGACGUACCUACUCGGGCCAAGUUACCCUUCUGCACAGAAAGUCAGGCUAAGCAGGUGGAAACUCCAGGUAUGUUAGAGAACUCUGCUAGAAGAUGGAGUGGGCUGCACACACAUUGCUGUACAUUCCUUGUGAGUUGUGGCAGUCCCCUCCCCCUCAGAUUAUCUGUCUCCUCUGCCCUGCACCAUCUCUCGGGUCUUGCAGAUCUGUCUCAUCCUAAGGUUUCUGCUGCCCACAGAGGAAAUCCUCUGCGGGAUUUCUUAGUACAACAAGAUUUUCUUUGUCCCUUUCCCUGUCCUUCAACUAGCUCACUGACCUGUGAGGGGCUUAUAGAACUGACCUUUGAGGAGCUUAUAGCACUGACCUUUGAGGGGCUUAUAGCAUGGCACCAUAAAAGAUGGCACACAGCACAGUAGGAUUGUCUCACGUGUGAUGUAAGUGAGCAAGUAUUUGCAUUGCUGGCACCUCGAAUACCAGUGGUGCACAGGACACAUGAUGUCAUUGUCCCACCAGCUCCUAGACUGGUGAAUAUUUACCCCUCAUCAACCUGAUUAUAAGGGAGGCUUCUGGUCAUAAAAAUAUACUGGUCUCAUGUGAGGAUUUAAUAUCAAUUUUAAAUUUUUUCAAGCUUCUACACCUGUACACACAAGACAAGGAUUCCCACCACCACCCAUCUUUCCUGAACUCUUCUCUUUCCUACUUCUCUUUCUGUUCAGGUGUUGAUUGCAAAUCCUUUGCCCGGGAAACACUAAAACUGACAUAUUUGUAAAAGAAUUUGAAUGCCAUUGAACUUAUGUGGAGUUAUGCAAGUGGCUGAGUAUUUGCGGUCCUUGGUUAAAAACCUGUUGGCUUUUGGGAGAAAUAUGUUUCUAUAUCUCAACUUUUGCAGUGCCUCUUCACUGAAAGUCCUGGGGUUUAUAACCCUAAUUUGAAAGUAUCCAUUGUUACUGUUCGA